ACAAUCGGGGCAGCUCGAGCACCCGACCCGACUUAACGGCUCUCCUCGGGGCCUCUCUGGUCUUCCGUCCUCUCCCUUCGGCUCCCGGCGCGGUCAUUGGCGUGCCUGGGAAAGCCGAUGUGAAGGACCACGGCGAUCGGGCCCCUGCAUGCGGCGGCGUGCCUGACACCGGGACUCGUCUGCCGCCUCUUUUCCGCGUAAAAUCUGGAGCUGACAUCGGGAUCGCCGGUUUACUCUUAGCCAUCUGCGGCGACCUUGAGUCUCCUUCAGGACACUUAGCGGAAAGCUCGAAAGCUGGGGAGAACCUAGAGUCACAGGUUGUCCAUUUGAGCCUGGCACUUAUUUCUUAUGUGGGGCCGACUUACCUAGGAUCCUUGUUUAUAAAACGAACUACCCAGCCUUUUGUCCUGGAGUUGACCCUGUGCCAGGGUGUGGGCCAGUAUCUUUUAGGUCCAGCAGCACUGCAGAAAUGGCAGAGUUUGGGAUCUCCCCUGGGCAGCUUGUGGCAGUGUUCUGGGACAAGUCAUCUCCUGAAGAGGCCCUGAAAAAACUGGUGGAUAGACUUCAAGGGUUAACUGGCAGCGAGGGCCAAGUAUUCAUGGAAAACAUCAACCAGCUGCUGCAUUCUGCCCACAAAGAAUCGAGCUUCGAUGUCAUUCUGUCGGGUAUAGUCCCAGGAAGCACCUCUCUGCACAGUGCUGAGGUUCUGGCGGAGAUGGCCCGGAUCCUUCGGCCAGGGGGUUGUCUUUUUCUCAAAGAACCAGUGGAGACAGCUGCAGUUAACAAUGACAAAAUGAAGACGGCCUCUAAGCUGUGUUCAGCCCUGACUCUUUCUGGCCUUGUGGAAGUAAAAGAGUUGCAAAGGGAGCCCUUGAGUCCUGAGGAGGUACAAUCUGUCCAGGAGCACCUGGGCUACCACAGUGACAGCCUGCUCUCCGUCCAUAUCACUGGCAGGAAGCCAAACUUUGAAGUGGGCUCUUCUAGCCAGCUAAAGCUUCUCACCAACAGGAAGUCUUCUUCAGUGAAGCCUGUUGUGGAUCCCGAUGCUGCCAAGCUCUGGACCCUCUCAGCCAAUGACAUGGAGGAUGACAGCGUGGAUCUCAUUGACUCAGACGAGCUGCUAGAUCCAGAAGAUUUGAAGAAGCCCGAUCCAGCAUCCCUGAAGGCUCCUUCAUGUGGGGAGGGGAAAAAGAGGAAGGCCUGUAAGAACUGCACCUGUGGCCUUGCAGAGGAGCUGGAGAAAGAGAAGUCAAAGGAGCAGAGCACUCAGCCCAAGUCAGCCUGUGGAAAUUGCUACCUGGGUGAUGCUUUCCGCUGCGCUAACUGCCCCUACCUUGGGAUGCCAGCCUUCAAGCCUGGAGAACAGGUGCUCCUGAGCAAUAGCAACCUCCAGGAUGCCUAGGAGAAACCUCAAG